CAUUCUUGAUAAGCUUUUUCAAAACUUACUGACAGACUUGCCAGGUUGCGUCUGACUUAACGCCCUUUGGUUGUGCUGCGGUGUAAGACAUUCACUCUAAUCAAGCUCUCAAAGAUGUCUGAAUCUGCAGAGGCAGUGGCAGCCAACUUGAGCAGCAGUAGAAAUGUCACCAUUGAGAUCUCAAACCUCACCAGAGACUACUGCCUGGCUAACCCCAAGGUCUAUCUGGACAGUGGGGACACCUACAACCCUCCCCAGCCCACAGUGCGCCCAUUGAUGACCGAGGUGUGUUCCUUCAGCAAGACGUCUGGCAAGGCCAAAGGCAGCGUGGGCGUCUUGACCUAUGACCUCCUAGAGAGGGCCAAGAGAAAUGACAUGGAAACGUUGUCCGUGAUGUUCUCCAUCCCGUAUGACUACAAUAUGUAUAAGAACUGGUUUGCUGUGGGCAUCCACAGCAAGGGCAAGGAUUGCAAUGAGUCACUGUUCAAGGAGAUGUACUACAAUAAGGAAUCAGGCUUUGUCAGGGCAGAGGCCACUGGGUCGGGCAUCAACUAUAUAGGCAAUCACCUGGACAUCAAAGCCACCAUGUCCCCCAUGGGGCGAGCCAUCAUGAAAGUGGAGAUCUGGGAUAAGCUCUUCACACCUGAGGGCCAGAAACCGAUGUUUUAAUAUGAUUCCUGUGCUUAAAAACAUCCCCACACCACAUGCCAUAGUCGCUAAUCAUCCUGAACCAUAACACAAUAAAUUGGCAUGUAAAUUUAUUUGUACAAUCAGUUGACUGUAUGGAUAUGUGCUUUCCAUAAAAAACAGAAAAUAAUUAAAAUAAUUAAAAACCAGUA